AUGUCUUUCAUGGUGAAACACAUGGUGGGGGGGCAGCUGAAGAACCUGACGGGCGGACUGACGGAGGAGAAACCCGAGGCUGAGAAGACAGAUGCCGCCGCGCAGGGGAUGACCCAGGAGGAAUUUGAACAAUAUCAGCAACAGUUAGAGGAGGAAAAACAGGAACGAGAAGCAAACUUUGCCCAGAAGAAAGCUGAGCGAGCUACAGUUAGAACUCAUUUCCGGGAAAAGUACCGGUUACCAAAGAACGAGUUGGAUGAGACCCAGAUCCAGCAGGCGGGGGAUGACGUGGAGCUGCCCACGGAGCUGGCCAAGAUGAUCGCUGAAGACAACCAGGAGGAAACGCACAAGCAGUCCGUGCUGGGCCAGCUGUCCAACAUCCAGAACGUGGACAUGGACCAGCUGAAAGACAAAGCCCAGGCCACGCUGGAGGACCUGAAAAAGCAGACGGAGAACUGCAGCCUCAUGUGA